UCAAUGGGAAUCCGAAUGGACAGCGUGUGUCUGUGUGAUUGAUCCGUUCUGACUAAUGACAUCAUUGAUCAAGAGAGAAAGAUCGAGGGAUCCAGAGCGCCGGGGACUUCAGUGUGAAGAAUACUAACUAGCUGUUAUAUACAAACGGACUUCUUAUGUUAAAAGAAACAACCUCGAAGAAACUUCAUUGGUUUUCUUAUUAUUAUGUUAAAAUUUGAUCGUAUGACAUAAAAGAAGCAUAAAUGUAAUUUCUAUGCUUUGAGGAUUAAAACGCGAACCCCAAUAUUCACCGUGUGGAUAAGACAGACCAAGGAACAGAAAUCUUCAAAGUAAAAGAAAAUAUUCGGAAACAGUGAAUGGAACAUCUUGAUAAUGGAAUUCAUGAAUUAUACGAUAUUGACAUAUAAUAAUUAUUGUUGAACUUCGCUGACCGAGCGAACAUUGUCAUUUUUUCUUUUCCAUUACCAGUGUUAGGAAAGGGAAGCAACGUCUUGCUGUGAACAUUAAAAAAAUGGCAUUCUUGAAGUUAUUUAGAAAAGGAAUAGGACAAAGUGUUCACUUCUAUAGAUAAAGGAUACCGUUAAGCUAUGGAUGCUUCUAGUCUGACGACAGAGGCCGUACCGGGAAGUACCGAGGCCAUUUCUGAAUACUUACGACUGCAGCUCCAUUGUCACAGUGAUUCAGAACUUAACAUAAUCAGGAGACCAAAUGAAACUUACUGUGAGCCUCAUCACGACUCAUUCCAUUGUUGGUACGCGACAAAAAGUAACACCACAGUUACUGCCCCUUGUCCAGCUGCCAUUGGUGCACCAGAUCAUGUCCUGGCAUACCGACAUUGUGGGUCAGAUGGACGCUGGAAGAAUAUUACAGAUUACCAACAGUGUAUCGACUUCCUAGACAAAUUGCUUCCACCACAAGAUGUGACUAGCUUAACUCCCACUGUAGCGGAACAUUCCAGAGCUGUUCUGAUUAUGAGGGAUAUUUAUUUCGGAUGUAGUUUAGUUUCCUUGUUCUUCCUUUGCAUUACUCUCUUCGUAUUCUGUUAUUUCCGGUCUCUUCAGUGCAGCCGAGUGUCUAUACAUAAACAUCUAGUCGUCUCCUUCAUCCUUCGCUUUGUCGUCAUCGUUAUUUUGUUCGAACCUUUAGUGUUUGGUCAUGAUGUCUACUAUACCCGCGUGGACUGGGUCUGUAAGAUUAUAAUAGUGCUAGGACAAUACACAAUGGUCAGUAACAUUUUCUGGAUGUUCGUGGAAGGCCUGUUUCUACACAAUAGUAUUGUUGUCACCGUAUUCUCCACGGAUGCUCCUUUUAAAAUCUUUUGUGCCAUAGGAUGGGGUCUGCCGGGAGUGAUAGCUAUAUCCUGGGCGAUCGCCAUGCAUUUUACAGUCUUCACGCCAUGUUGGCAGAACAACUCUGAUUCCCCCUACUCUUACAUUGUGUCGGGGUCAAUACUGCUAGCUUUAAUUGUAAAUUUGUUCUUUUUAGUCAACAUUAUAAGAGUGUUGGUGACGAAGUUAAGAGCUCAUAAUACUCAUGAAUCAUCAAGAAUUAAGAAGGCCAUACGAGCUACUGUAAUUCUAAUGCCGUUGCUGGGACUGACCAAUCUUAUAAUGUUAUUUAAUCCAAAUGAUGGAGGAUCCUACGCCUCCGUGUAUCAAGUCACAAAUGUUGUGCUUCAUUCCAACCAGGGAAUCUUAAUUUCUAUUUUUUAUUGUUUCUUAAAUGGAGAGGUGAGAAGAGUAAUAAAGCAGAAAUACAGAAGAAUGAAGAUUCAGCGGAUACUGAAAAACAGUAGUCGGCGCUACUCCAGAACAUCAUCAUGUAUUCUCUCUCAAACGGAGCUAGAUAUGUCUUUGAGUUCAUUGACAAGGGGAGAUCAAUCGUCUUCCUCAGAUAGUAACAUCUGUAUGGGAAAUCUUAAUAACAAUUCCUAUCAAAAACUGACUUUGAUCACGGAAGUCCGAGAAAAACCGAGAUCGGAAACCAACCUUACUAAGAAGAGUGACGUCAUACAGCAGUCUGCUUCCGGUUCUGAUCCAUCAAACUUAAAAGUUACUCACUCUGUCAAAUUUAGAUUAAGUUCCAGUGAGAACGACUUACAAAAAUGUAAAAUGCCUUACUGUGAAAUAUCAGCUGAAAACGUGUUCGAUUUGCCAUUGGUAGAGGUUUCCGAGGCCGAUUCCAGAAGCAAAGGCGUAAACGUCGGGAUCGGCAUUCUACGCAAGACUGAUGCCAAUGGAAAUGCAGAUAAAAACCAAAUUAUGAACGAAAAUGGAUUUACAAAUGUAAAAAGGAGUGUAAAUAGUCAAAGCAUGACCCAGAUUGAUAUUCUUAGCAAGGUAGACGUUGUAUGCAGUGGCAAUGCUACCAUUUUUAAGAGUGAAUCCAACAAUAAUAGUAGUGAAUCUCAAAAUCACAUCAAGGAAGUGGAUAGUAAUUCUAUCAGCUCCGUAAAAGAGUCCGAUUCGGACUCGGGUAGCAGGUGCUCUAGAAAAUCGGAUUCGGAUUUUAGGCGGACAUUAAAGAGAGAUAACUCUAUUUCAAAAUCAAGUGAAACUGACGUUGGCAAAUUGCACGAAAGCAGAUGGUCUCUUCUCAGCAGUAGUGAAUUCAAAUUAAAUAUUGUCGGAGGUUUUGCGGAAGAAGUUAAAGAGGAGUUAUUUAGAUUAAUCCAGGAGACAGAAUCUUGAUGUUACUUCUUGUCUUAUAAUUUAAUUUAUUCUUCAUGUAUUUUUGUUUUAU